AUGUAUCAAACCAUAUAUGACAAAUUACGUCAUCAACGGUUUGGCUUUAUUAAACAACAAUAUGAACUUUCAGAACAACUUCAAAAACUUGAUGAUCAUUAUCAUUUAAUUCAUUUCAAUUAUUUUUAUGAAUUUGGUCCAAGAUGUCAAUUCAAUCAACAGCUUUAUCAUCUUUGGUCUGAAUAUUUUGAUAAUCAUCCAAUCCUAUCCAAAGAAAAGUCGAAGAUUAUUCUAAUCAAAGCGCAAGACCAUUGUUCCAAUCCAAAUAUACAAACAAAACUUGACUAUCAAAUGCAAGAAUUUCGAGACGAACAAGGAAAAGCAUCAUCACACGUUGGAGAAGAAGAAGUAGAAGAAAAGUAUGAUGAAGGACACGAUGUGAAAGAUUUUAAUCCAAUGGACACUUUUAUCAGUAUUGAUUUACCAUAG